GGAAAGAUCACGCCGCAGCAUAUGCUCAGAAUGUCUUCCAGAAGGUCGUCAUGGAGACCAUUCUUCGUCGCAAACCGCUUCUACCUACCAAAGAUGGGCGUCAUAUCCCCCUCAAUCCCAUGAGCGUUGAUCCAGGCGGCCUGAUAGACGAACGCAGCAACAAACCGUAUAUAAACAACUUCAUUCGCUCCAGUCGCUAUACAGUCUGCAACUUUUUCCCGAAGCAGCUGGUUUUCCAGUUCAGCAAGCUAGGGAACUUUUAUCUUCUUGUGAUGGGCAUCCUUCAGGCAGUCCCUGGUCUGAGCACUGUCGGCAGAUGGACGACCAUUGCUCCGCUCGCUGGCUUCGUCGCCUUCAGCAUGGCCAAGGAAGGGUACGACGAUUACAGGCGAUAUCAGCUCGACAAGUCAGAGAACCGCAGCAUGACUUGGGUACUGGCACACGGCGUGAGAGAAGGGAGAGAGAGGCCUCGAAUGUCGGGAUGGAGGAAUGCCUUGAAGAGAAGACGAAGGAGCGGCAGGAAAAGGCUUGGAGCGGAUGACGAGGACAUAAUCGUGCAGGAUAUCCAAGAGGGAGCCCUUGCCAGUCUGGACGAGACGAACGAUUGGAUGUAUGUUCAAUGGCAGCACGUACAGGUUGGAGAUAUUGUGCGCCUCCGCCGCGACGAACCGGUGCCUGCAGACAUAGUGAUGCUUCAUGCCACGGGGCCAAACGGCGUUGCUUACAUUGAGACAAUGGCCCUGGAUGGCGAGACUAAUCUCAAAGCCAAGCAAGCCUGCCCUCUCCUUGCGGAGAGAUGCGGAACCGUCGACGAGCUCCGAUCAGUUCAGGCCACAGUGGUAUCCGAAGACCCGAAUCUCGACCUAUACAGCUACAACGGAAGGGUCACUGUCGACGGUGAAACCGUACCCCUGUCGAUGAACAAUGUCGUCUAUCGCGGUUCUACGUUGCGAAACACCACAAUGGCCAUUGGACUCGUGAUUAACUCGGGAGAAGAAUGCAAGAUUCGCAUGAACGCGAACAAAAAUAUCCACGCAAAGAAACCAGCCAUGCAUUCUACGAUCAACAAGAUGGUCCUGUUCCAGAUCGCGAUUGUCAUCUCCCUGGCUGUUGGAUUUACCAUUGGAUACUACACCUGGGAGAACAAGACAGAGGACAAGUCGUUUUAUAUUGUCCGCAGCGGCGUUUACGACGGAAGAGUAUCGUUCAAGCAGAUUUUCUUUGGGUUUCUCAUCAUGUUCAACACCUUGAUUCCGCUGUCUCUAUACAUCAGCUUGGAAGUGAUCAAGAUUGGUCAGCUCUUCCUGCUGCAGGAUGUGGACAUGUAUGACCCAGUCACGGACACUCCCAUGGUGGCGAACACUACGACCAUCUUGGAGAACCUUGGUCAGGUCAGCUAUGUGUUUUCCGACAAGACAGGCACGCUGACAGAGAACCUGAUGCGGUUCCGAAAAAUGAGCGUUGCUGGCGUGAUAGGACUCCACAACAUGGAUGCUCAAGGGGACGAGGCGGCUGCCCCGAACAAGAGUGACCGAGCAAAGGGAAAGCAGCCCAUUUCAAGUACGCACGCAAUGAUGGCAUCGACACAGGGCCAGGGCGACAAUGAGACAACCACUCUGGGUCCGUCAAGGCGUGCCUCGACUGCUUCUCAUCUGCGGACAAAGACCGUGGCCAAUUCACACAAUGAAGCUUCGUAUGUGAGAACCGAAGAGCUGCUCGAGUAUAUCCGUCGUCGGCCCAACACCCCCUUUUCUGAGAAGGCAAAGCAGUUCUUGCUUUGCAUAGCCCUCUGCCACACAUGCCUGCCCGAGACCAACGAAAGCGGAGAAAUUGAGUACCAGGCCGCAUCUCCUGAUGAGCUGGCCCUGGUCGAGGCGGCACGGGACCUGGGCUAUAUACUCAUUGACCGGCCGGCUCAGUCCAUCAAGCUGCAGAUGCAGGAUGCAGAUGGUGUACUGCAAACAGAAACUUACCAAGCGCUGGAUGUGAUCGAGUUCAGUAGCAAAAGGAAGCGAAUGUCCAUCAUCGUUCGCAUGCCUGACAACCGGAUUUGCGUCUUCUGUAAAGGCGCGGACAACGUCGUCAUGGCGCGCCUAAGGCUUCGUCAAGUGGCUGAGCAGAAGGCGAAAGAUGCUACUCGUCGGGCCAGCGUGAGAAAAACAACCGAGCAGGACAAGGCAAUUAAGCGCAUGAGCUCUCAAAUCAGCAGGAGGGACUCACAACACAAUAGCUUCAGACUUGCUCGAAGCAAAUCGACGGUUGGACUCGAAGGCUUGAGAAACAGCAUCAACUUGAGGCGUUCUAUGGACCUCAACCAGCUCUCCCAGGCAGAAGGGGUAGCCUCAUGGCUGCACAGGCGAAAUACAGAGGAGAUGGUGUCUCCCAGGACUUCGACGGACGCGCAGCGGAACUCUAGGAGAAGCUUGGGCCGUAUGCCGUCGUUUGACCAGAGGGACUACAUGGGAGAUGACGACGAGAGGAUAGACGAAACAGUGGCUGCAGAUGAGGCGACGAUAUUUGAAAGAUGCUUCCAGCAUGUAGAUGAUUUUGCGGCCGAGGGCCUUCGAACACUGUUAUACGCCUACCGAUACAUCGACGAGGAAGCCUACGCAGAGUGGAAAGCCGCAUAUAAGGAAGCGGAGACGAGCCUAGUUGACCGCCAGGAGCGCAUUGAAAUAGCGGCUGAGCAGAUUGAAGAGCAGUUCGAACUUGCCGGCGCCACAGCUAUAGAAGACAAGCUCCAGGACGGGGUCCCGGAGACAAUCGACAAGUUGAGGCGUGCAAACGUCAAGGUGUGGAUGCUCACUGGCGACAAGAGGGAGACUGCCAUCAACAUCGGGCAUUCGGCGCGAGUCUGCAGGCCAUUCUCCGAGAUAUACAUCCUGGACGCCUCUAAGGGCAAGCUACAGGAUGCUCUGAUGACGACGCUGACCGAGGUUGCGCGGGGGAUGGUGCCUCACUCUGUUGUGGUUGUGGACGGACAGACGCUGGCCGAGAUUGAUGCUGAUGAGGACCUUGCUGCCUUGUUCUACAACCUGGUCGUACGGAUCGACUCUGUCAUCUGCUGCAGAGCAUCGCCCUCCCAAAAGGCGAACCUGGUCAAGUCGAUAAGGAAAUUUGUUCCCAAGAGCAUGACUCUGGCUAUUGGUGACGGCGCCAACGACAUUGGCAUGAUUCAAGCUUCACACGUGGGCAUUGGCAUCUCCGGCCGCGAGGGUCUUCAAGCAGCGAGAAUAGCCGACUAUUCCAUUGCCCAGUUUCGGUUUCUGCAGAAAUUGCUGUUUGUGCAUGGCCGAUGGAACUACCUCCGGACUGGCAAGUAUGUCUUGGCCACGUUCUGGAAGGAGACCUUCUUCUACCUUAUCCAAGCGCAAUUCCAGCGGCUCAACGGCUACACAGGCACGUCCCUAUACGAGUCGUGGAGCCUCACGCUCUUCAACGGUGCGUUUACCUCACUGCCGGUGAUUUUGCUGGGGAUCUUCGACAAGGACUUGCGGCCGGAGACGCUACUGUCGGUGCCGGAGCUGUACACCUUUGGGCAGCAGAGGAAAGGGUUCAACUUGCUGCAGUAUCUGGGCUGGAUGACCAUGGCUGUUGCGGAAAGCGUAGUGGUGUUUUACUUUGCGCUGGAGGCGUUUGACAAGAUUCUGUUCACCGAAGAUAAUGGGCUGUAUGCGAUGGGAACGAUAUGCUUCAGCGUUGGCGUCAUCUUCAUCAACGUGAAGCUGCUGAUACUCGAGUUCCACAGCAAAUCUCUGAUCCCGCUCCUCGGUCUUGCCAUUGAACUCACCGGCUGGUUCAUCUGGAACCUGGCCCUUUCGGCCGUCUAUCAGCCAACGGUCAGUCCAAUGACAGUUAGAGACGACUUCAUACAAGACUUUGGGCGCCGACUCUCUUGGUGGACGACGUUGCUUCUUGGACUGGUUACACCCCUUAUCAUGGAGUUGGCUGUGCAGGCCAUCCGUCGAGUGUACUGGCCCACUGAUCAGGAUUUGAUGCAGCGCGUAGAGAAGGACGCCAACUCGAAGGAGAUCCUGAAGAGAUACGCUGCGGACGGAGCUGCGGACCUGGAAGCUGGGAAUACACGCACACAAGGCAUUGAGCUGGAGGAAUUGGGACUGCGAAUUGCUCAGAGAGAGGAAGGCGCAACGCUAUUGGCUGACCAUGAUGGGGGGGUAGAAAGAAUGAGCCAUGACGAUUAUCGGCCGCCGAGGUUUACGCCGCCGGCGGAGGAGAGAGAGAAUCCGCUGGAGAGCGUUGAGACGAGGAGGUGA